AUGACAGCUGCUCAAAUUAGUUGCCAAAACUGUACAACAUCACUGCUUGGAAAGAAGUAUGUCUUAAAAGAUGACAAUCUAUACUGUGUUUCAUGUUAUGAUCACAUCUUCUCUAACUGCUGUGAGGAGUGCAAAGAACCAAUUGAAUCAAACUCUAAGGAUCUUAGUUACAAAGGCAGGCACUGGCAUGGAGGAUGCUUCAACUGUGCCAAAUGCAAUCACUCUUUGGUGGAAAAACCUUUUGUUGCCAAGGACGAGCGCCUGCUGUGCACAGAGUGCUAUUCGAAUGAGUGUUCCUCCAAGUGCUUCCACUGCAAGAAGACCAUCAUGCCUGGUUCUCGCAAAAUGGAAUUUAAGGGAAACUACUGGCAUGAAACUUGCUUUGUGUGUGAGAGUUGUCGACAGCCAAUAGGAACUAAGCCUUUAAUUUCCAAAGAGAAUGGCAAUUACUGUGUGCCGUGUUUUGAGAAAGAGUUUGCUCAGUAUUGCAACUUUUGUAAGAAGGUGAUAACUUCAGGGGGCAUCAUGUUUCAUAACCAGCCAUGGCAUCAAGAGUGCUUUCUGUGUAAUGGCUGUCGGAAAGAGCUCUGCAAAGAAGAUUUUAUGUCCAGAGAUGAUGAUCCAUUCUGCUUGGACUGCUACAAUCAUCUGUAUGCCAGAAAGUGCACAGCCUGCAGCAAACCAAUUACCGGUCUCAGAGGUGCUAAGUUUAUCUGCUUUCAAGACCGUCAGUGGCACUGUGAGUGCUUCAACUGUGAGAAAUGCUCCAUCUCCUUGGUGGGUGAAGGCUUCCUGACUCAAAAUAAGAACAUCUUCUGUCGCAAAUGUGGCUCUGGGUUGGAUACUGACAUCUAA